AUGAUGAUGUCGAACUUUAGCCCCUUCGAUGCUCUUUUCGCUGAAUCAAACGGCUUCAAGAUGAAGUUUCCAGGCGGCCAGAAACAGAGCUCCGGCGGUAAUCAGUCGCCGGUGACGGAGGAGCAGAAGAGCUACGGGAGGAUUCCGGUUUCAUCAGACGGUGAAAAAACUAAAAAGGAGAAGAAGAAGAUUCAACCGAUGAGGAUAGCUCCAGAGCUAGACGGUGUUCAUUGUUUUGAAACAAUACUUCCUUUGUAA